GUCUCUCUAGCCACGCAGCGUCUCUAUCGUAGGGUGGGCCGAUCUAGGAGAAAGAUGGCGGCCUCCGUAGCUACGUUUGAGCCACAGGCUUCGGCGGGUCCUCGGCCCCCAGUGUGUCUGUUGGUAUUGGGAAUGGCGGGAUCUGGAAAAACCACAUUUGUACAGAGGCUCACCGGACACCUGCAUAGCCAAGGCUCUCCACCAUAUGUGAUCAGCCUCGACCCAGCUGUGCAUGAAGUUCCUUUUCCUGCCAAUAUUGAUAUUCGUGACACUGUGAAGUAUAAAGAAGUCAUGAAACAAUAUGGACUUGGGCCCAAUGGUGGUAUAGUGACCUCACUCAAUCUCUUUGCUACCAGAUUUGAUCAGGUGAUCAAAUUUAUUGAGAAGGCCCAGAACAUGUCUAAAUAUGUCUUGAUUGACACACCUGGACAGAUUGAGGUAUUUACAUGGUCAGCUUCUGGGACAAUCAUCACUGAGGCCCUGGCAUCCUCGUUUCCAACAGUUGUCAUCUAUGUAAUGGACACAUCGCGAAGUACCAACCCAGUGACCUUCAUGUCUAAUAUGCUGUAUGCGUGCAGCAUCUUGUAUAAAACCAAGCUGCCUUUCAUUGUGGUCAUGAAUAAAACUGACAUCAUUGAUCACAGCUUUGCAGUGGAAUGGAUGCGGGAUUUUGAGGCUUUCCAAGAUGCUUUGAAUCAAGAGACUACAUAUGUCAGUAACCUGACUCGUUCCAUGAGCCUGGUGUUAGAUGAGUUUUACAGCUCCCUCAGGGUGGUGGGUGUCUCUGCUGUUCUCGGUACAGGCUUAGAUGAACUCUUUGUGCAGGUUACCAGUGCUGCAGAAGAAUAUGAAAGGGAGUAUCGUCCUGAAUAUGAACGCCUGAAGAAAUCUCUGGCCAGUGCACAGAGUCAGCAGCAGAAAGAACAACUGGAACGCCUUCGGAAAGAUAUGGGCUCUGUGGCCUUGGACACAGGGACUGCCACAGACAGCUUAUCUCCUGUGCUGGACCCUUCUGACUUGAUCCUGACCCGAGGAACCUUGGAUGAAGAGGAUGAGGAAGUAGACAGUGAUACUGAUGAUAUUGACCACAGAGUUACAGAGGAAAGCCAUGAAGAGCCAGCGUUCCAGAAUUUUAUGCAAGAAUCAAUGGCACAGUACUGGAAGAGAAGCAACAAAUAGGAGAGAGACUUGAGGAAACUUCAGUUGUUUCUGGAAGUCCCAAAUUUUGGAACUCUGUGUGAAGGAACUAUCCUUACCUCUCUGGCUGGGGGCUACCGUAAAGGACAAUUUUCUUCAGAGUAGUAGAGGUCCUGUACUAGAGAAAUCUCAUGAAUCAGAUGAAACCAGGCAUAGAAGACCCUUGGACCUGGAAGGUAGUUGCUGAUUCCUCUUAACCUUCCCGUUGGAAGGAUAUACUGACUGCUCUUUGAAGCCAAUGUCCCUUUAGGCCUGAAAACUUCAAGUUUUAUUAUUUAGAACUCAAGUACUUUUGCUGCUGAUGGAUGAAUGAGAGAGAGAGAGAGAGAACUUAUUUACUCUGUUGUUGACCCCUUCAAAUCUCUUUUAGGCUGGAUCUAUAGCUUCUGUUUUCCCAGCACCUUGCCGUAGACCUACACUAUGGAUUCCCCUCCUGUUAGGAGAAAGGGAGAGGGGAAAUGUAAGCUUGCCCAGGCUGGCAGUCAGUCAGUGUUGGUAUGAAAUGUGGCUCAAGCUGAGUAGCUCAUCACAGGACUCCAGGUCUGUUGAAGGAAGUGGGCAAAACCCAUGAUUAAUGAGUAAGAAUCCUGCCUUUGAUGGUGACUUGGAUAAGUGUUUUUCAGUUUAUCUUUAUAAGCUGGUCUGUCAUGAUUUCAGAUUAGAAAAUUAUAUCAUCCCAAGUAGAUUCACGUUUCUGGUUCAGCAGGGAAGAUUAAAGCCACAUGCCCAAACCUGUUUCAAUAAAGAGGUGAUGUUUAGUAAA